CCAGACGCGCGGACUACACGCUCCACAAUGCAGCGCCCACUCUUUCCUCGCCACUCCCGCCCCUGCUCUCUGGAGACCCCGCCGAGCUAGCGCUGCGACCCCUUCCCGGCGCUCCGCGCGGCGCGCUCUCGCGGUGACCCGGUGUGCGUGGGGUCAGGGCGCGGGGCGGAGCGGUCGUGCCGGGGCGCCAUGCGGAGGGGUGAUCGCAGGGGCCCCGGGGGGCUGCGGCCGGGGUCCCCGCUGCCCGCGGGCAAGGCCUCGCUGGAGGAGCCGCCGGACGGCGUGCCCUCGGGCCCAGCGCCGGGCCCGGGCCGCCGCAGCACGGAGUCCGAGGUCUACGACGACGGCACCAACACCUUCUUCUGGCGAGCCCACACCCUGACUGUGCUCUGCAUCCUCACCUGUGUGCUUGGCUACGUGACUCUGCUGGAGGAGACGCCACGGGACACGGCCUACAACACCAAGAGAGGUAUUGUGGCCAGUAUUUUGGUUUUCUUAUGUUUUGGAGUCACACAAGCUAAAGACGGGCCAUUUUCCAGACCUCAUCCAGCUUACUGGAGGUUUUGGCUCUGCGUUAGUGUGGUCUACGAGCUGUUCCUCAUCUUCAUACUCUUCCAGACCGUGCAGGACGGCCGCCAGUUUCUGAAGUAUGUCGACCCCAGGCUAGGGGUCCCACUGCCAGAAAGGGACUACGGGGGAAACUGCCUCAUCUAUGAUGCGGACAAUGAGAGCGACCCCUUCCACAACGUCUGGGACAAGCUGGACGGCUUCGUGCCCGCGCACUUUCUUGGCUGGUACCUGAAGACCCUCAUGAUCCGCGACUGGUGGAUGUGCAUGAUCGUGAGCGUGAUGUUCGAGUUCCUCGAGUACAGCCUGGAGCACCAGCUGCCCAACUUCAGCGAGUGCUGGUGGGAUCACUGGAUCAUGGACGUGCUUGUCUGCAACGGGCUGGGCAUCUACUGCGGCAUGAAGACCCUUGAGUGGCUGUCCCUGAAGACAUACAAGUGGCAGGGUCUCUGGAACAUUCCAACCUACAAGGGCAAGAUGAAGAGGAUCGUCUUCCAGUUCACGCCCUACAGCUGGGUCCGCUUCGAGUGGAAGCCUGCCUCCAGCCUGCGCCGCUGGCUGGCUGUGUGCGGCAUCAUCCUGGUGGUAAGGCCAGCUGGCCUCGCGUGCGCGGCCCCCAGGCAGCCAGACUCGCCCCCACCCUCCUCUGUCCCGCAGUUUUUGUUGGCAGAACUGAACACCUUCUACCUGAAGUUCGUGCUGUGGCUGCCCCCCGAGCACUACCUGGUCCUCCUGCGGCUGGUCUUCUUUGUGAACGUGGGUGGCGUGGCCAUGCGGGAGAUCUACGACUUCAUGGAUGACCCGAAGCUCCACAAGAAGCUGGGCCAGCAGGCCUGGCUGGUGGCGGCCAUCACGGCCACGGAGCUGCUCAUCGUGGUGAAGUAUGACCCGCACACGCUCACGCUGUCGCUGCCCUUCUACAUCGCCCAGUGCUGGGUGCUCGGCUCUGUGCUCCUGCUCACCUGGACUGCCUGGCGCUUCUUCCUGCGAGACAUCACCCUGAGGUACAAGGAGACACGGCGGCAGAAGCAGCAGAGCAGAGGAGACCAGGGCAGAGCCGUUGGCAGCAUGGACGGACACCCACUUGGGCCGGAUGACCCUCUUCCUCGGCCGGACGACCCCCUGCCUGGCCCAGACAACCCCCAGGGACCCGGGGAGGCCGAGAUGGAGGGGGUGCCAGCUCUGAACUGACGCUGCGCCUUGGACCCGCCCGGAACCGAGGUGUGCUGUCCCCUUCGUCCUUCGUGGGGUUCCCACCAGGAACCUCUUGGUGGGCCUUGGCCUCGCGGUUUUAUUUUCCUUUUUUCUCGUGCACACAGAGGGGCCCUGAGAGGAGGGGGUGAUGGGGGUCCCCUUCUCCAGCCUGUGUGCAUGUGGCAUCUGUGAACACACAUGUGUAUGGGGGCACGCACAUGUGCUCCAUGCUCCUGGUUGCUGAGGCUUCUCUCGGGCUGGCAGGUGUCAUGGGGCUCGCCCUGGGCCAGCCAGUCCCAGCAGAGAGAGGGGUGGUCAGCCCCUUCCCCUUCAUGUGCGGUCAGCCCACUGAUCUCUGGGCCCAGAUGGCCCGGCCCGGGCAGAGGUAUCAAGGCCCCUUUCUCCACUCCGUGGGCCCUGGGCCACUCCGAGGCCCUGGGGUGUCCGUGCUGGACACCCGGGUGGCACGUGGGAAGGAUGGUCAUCCAGAGAUGGCUCAGAAGGGGCAGAUCUAAGCGGGCAGCCCUGAGUGUGUCUUCGGAGCCUUCAUCUAACGUGACUGACCUGGAGGGCGUGUGUGUGUGGGGUCCGAGAUCACCAGGCUGGCCCCUCAAGGGCAUCGUGUCAGAAACUCCACGGCCGGGUGCCUGCGGUCGGGAGGAGGGGUCGUGGGUGUCUGUGGCCCAAGAGGAGUGUCAUCUCCAUGAGCAGACAGAACAAAUAAAGCGAUGAUGAAAGUCUGCA